UAAUCGAUAGGAUAGGAUAACUAGUUACACUGACAGGGACAACUGCUGCUCGUGUUGUUCACAUUCAGUCAAUAACUAUCUUGUGAUUCUGUGCUGGACUUGCUGGAUCUUAUCCCAAUCGCUUCAAGGAAGAUUGGCCCUCACAUCCUGUUCUCCUUCGUCCGUCCCAAAUGCUUCAAGCGCUGGGAGGGCCAGUCCCUCCGAACACUGACCAUGUACGUGCCCAAUGCCGAGCGUGACUUGUGUGUCGCAUGCUUCUUCGCUGUCCCCCUUCUCUGGGGCUGUAGCACAUAGUUACAGGAGUUCUCUGCUUGAUCCGGCUUCAUGACGACUACUCAGCUCUUUAAUCGCUAUGCUCCAGGAAGAGUGGAGAGCUAACCUCUGGAACAGGCAGUCAGUGUCUCUCUGCCGACAUGGCAGGCCAACAUCGGUUACGAGGAGGGCCAAGAAUGGGUAGUCAGUAAGAUGCAGUGUGGCUAUCCCAGAUUCUUCGUGCAUCCCAGCAUCAAGAAACUAGCGGAGGAGGUUAUACGCCGCCACGGGGACGUGGAGGUUGACUCAGCGACACUCUUUCCCACCAAGAGGACGGCAAAGGUGUGCUACUCCUUUAUGGCGGCCAAAAUACCUCAGGAGGAUGUGCCAAAAGUGCGAGUUCUGAACUUCGUGCCAGCGCGGGGUGCGGAUCCCAGUUCGCUUGUGUCCUCCUUGUCCUGCGUCCUCUACCCAAAGCAGUAUGCGCCGGUCGCCAAGCAAGUCUGGCAGCAUUCAGGCAAUGGUAUCUCCAGUCGUCGAAGCGAAUUCCUCCUCACCGCGCUGCAGGAUGGCUAUCUGGUCGAGGAACAUGCGCCCAGUGCGCAGGCGCAGGAGGUGAAAUCCAGAAGGGUGCACAAAGGUCCAAGGAGAUACCAGACGAAAGAUUCGUUCGAUGGAACAUCUACAAAAGAAGCAGGCUCGCCGCCGCCAACAAACGAUGCCCGAGACGGGAAAGAAUACGCCCAAUUUAUCGAAGAACGCUUUGGCCGUAAUCUCAAUCUUUCCUUGGCCGAUAGAGCGAAACUGGCCGUUCGAAGGCGGAUCGCUGGGUCAUUGACUGCCGACGUUGAUCUGUCCGAGGCCCUCGAGAAGACUUCGUCUGAUGGCCGAAUCGCAGGCUUAAGCGAAGAUGACGUUUUUCUGUUCCCGACCGGCAUGAGUUCCAUUUUCAACGUUCACCAGAUCCUGCUGAACACCAUUGGCCAAAGGAAGAGCAUCUGUUUCGGAUUUCCCUACAUUGAUACCCUGAAGAUCCUUGAGAAAUGGGGACCUGGUUGUUUGUUUUAUGGUCAUGGAUCGGCCGAAGACAUCGACGAUAUAGAGCGACGGUUACGGGAAGGUGAAAGAUUCCUGGCGCUUUUCACCGAGUUCCCUGGGAACCCACUGUUGAAGUCAGCAGAUCUGAGACGUAUACGCGCGCUUGCGGAUGAAUUCAACUUUGCAGUUGUGGUGGACGAAACCGUCGGCAAUUUCAUCAAUGUCAACGUCCUUCCUUACGCGGAUGUCGUUGUCAGCAGUCUAACCAAAGUCUUCAGCGGAGACAGCAAUGUCAUGGGUGGGAGCGCCGUACUCAACCCGCAUGGCCCCUUCUACAGAAGUCUCAAGGACACGUUCGCGGCAGAAUAUGAAGACAUCGUUUGGGCCGAAGAUGCUGUCUUCCUUGAAAGGAACAGCCGUGACUUUAUUUCGAGAAUAGAGAAGAUAAACGCCACAACUGAAGCGGUCACCGAUGUUUUGAAAUCCUCUCCUAUCGUGAAGGAAGUUUACUACCCUAAGUAUAGCCCUACGAAGCCGCUAUAUGACAGCUUUAAAAAUCCGCGCGGUGGAUACGGUGGUCUAUUUUCUGUCACAUUUCAUUCGACUGCUCAGGCCGUGGCUUUUUUUGACACGCUUGAAGUUUUGAAAGGACCAAGUCUCGGAACGAAUUUCACGCUCAGGUACGUCGAACCCACUGAUUCACUGCCUCCAUGUCACUGACGAAUUUCUAGUUGCCCCUAUACGCUUAUCGCCCACUAUGGAGAACUGGACUGGGUAAGAUGCUCUUCGAGGCUUGCCAUUAGCACCUUUGUCACUGACUGUAGUAUAGGCACGCUCUUUUAACGUCGAUCCUGACUUGGUGCGGAU